AUGCCUCGAGGGAACAAGAAGAUUGGAGAGUGUCUUCGAAAAGUAUGCACAUGCAAAGCUUUCAAUUGCAAAUCUGGCUUUUACUUAGACGCACAAGGCUCGUCACAACUAGGUGUUGAACUCAGCCCGGAGGCGUAUGAGGCUCAUCAACAAGCGGAAUUACGUAACAUCGCUCAAGCUGCAUCAUCAGUCGAUGCUCUUGAACAUUCCUUCCAGGACAUCAAUUUCGGGUCAUCGUCAGAAGACAAUCAGUUGGUCGAGAUUCUGCGCGAGUUGCGUGUCAGUCCAGCGUCGCAAUCAAGCCCUUCUCGAUCUGGAGAAGCUGUGAAUCCGGCACAAGUACCCAAUCAGUCUUCAAGAGAACAUGACGAGGAUGUGAUCCUCGAAAGCUCUCGCACGUGCCCCGCCAUAGACACUGAAAGGGAGGUUGGGAGCAAAGUUUACGAUACUGGUGAGAUGCUUUUGAUACAUUGCUCAGCUUAUAGACAACUUUUGACUCAAUACGUAUAUUCGAACACGCCUCGAUGUUCACUGCUUCUUGGCUCUUGGAUGCCCAACGCAUCACAAUUGAGCUCGCUCUGA